AUGAAUAUCCCUGAUAAAUAGUAGAAAUGGAAGCUUUAUUAAUCAUAUAUCUAUGAUUAUGUGCUUGACAAUAACUUGGAUUGGCCUUGUACGACUUGCAGUUGGGGUCCAAUCAUAUCAGAAAAUUCAGAAUUAUUAAAGCAAAGAGUUUAUUUUGCUUGCAGGACUGAUGGUAUAUAUAAUGAAGCUGAUACCACUUGGCAAAAACUUCCAAGUUUCCUAGUUGUUGCACAAGUAGACAUUCCCUAAGUCGGUAAGCAGUUUAACUAAGAACUGAGAAACGUUUACUUGUAGGAUAAUUUGAAGAAACAUAAAAAUUUAAAGGUGAAAUAAAUUAUUGUUCACCCGGGAGAUGCUAACAUGAUGAAGAAGUGUAAUUUAAAUCCUAAAUUGUUAGCUACAAAAAAUGAUGCAAGCUAAGUGUUUUUAUGGGAUUUAGAUAAACAUAGAUAGUAAAAUUAAUUUAGAGAUGGUAUACAUGCUAACAUGCCUGAUCUUACUUUAAUAGGACACACAAGCAAGACUCCUAGUUUUGCAUUAGAUUGGGCGAAAAAUAAUUAUAGAAUUGGUAGUGGAGGUAAAGAUUAGAGUGUUUUAAUUUGGGAUGUAGAUGAUUAUCAAACUAGACUUACAAGUAAUUAUAUGUAGUAAUUUAAUACACCUUAAUUCACAAAAAGAGAAUUGAAUUCUAUUGGAAACUAAAAUGAACCUGUUAAGUUGAAAAAUAGCUAUUGCCUCACAGGACACACUGACAUGAUAGAGGAUCUAUCAUUUUCUCCUGCACACAAAGAUGUUCUGGUUAGUGUCGGAGAUGACAAAAGACUGAUAGGUUGGGAUAUCAGGGCUUCUUCAGAAAAGUAAUUUGAACUUUUAGAUUUGCAUGAGGAUGACAUUAAUUGCGUUGAAUGGAGCUUAAAGAACGAAAACUAUGUUGCAACAGGCUCUAGCGAUGGUAAUGCUGCUCUUAUAGACAUCAGAAAAAUGAAGAAAGUAAGAUCUAUAUUGAUUCCUUCAAAUGUAAACCUACCUAGUGAUCAAUAAAAAAACGCUAUUAUGAGCAUUCGCUUUUAACCAUCAAGCAAUUACUUAGCUAUAGGCUCAGACAAUCUAUACAUAUAUAACUUAGAUGACCCAUAAUUUGAUGCUUAGGGAAUUGAAAAACCUAUGUUUACUCAUUUUGGUUAAAAAGGAGUGAUUAAUGAUUUUGAUUGGAAUACAGAAAAUCCAUGGAGUAUUUUAAGUACCUGCUAGGAGUUAGAGCAUGAAACUAUGGGAGGUGGUUCGCUUUAAAUUUUUAGACCAUUAGAUUUGGUUUACAUGCCAAAAGAAGAGGCCCUUUAAAAGUUGAAAGAAAAUUUAAUUGACUAUUAUUAGAAAGGAGAUAGUAAUAAAAACAGUUCUAAACCUAGGACAAUGUCAAUAAUUCUACCCUAAUAAAAGACUUAAUAAACCGAAUCUUAACAGAGGAUGGAUGAAGAAGAAGAUAAUGAAGAUAUUCAAGACGAAGAUAAUGAAGAUGAGGAGGAAGAAGAUGAAGUCUAAGAAGCCAGCAGUUCUAAUGGAAAUAAUUCAAAGUAAGUUGGUAGCGAUAAAAUGUAAGUGGAAUGA